AUGCAUACAUCUAACACUCAAUUUAUUAUAACAUUGGAUACUUUGUGUCCAGAAAUCCAAACGGAGAUUAUCCUCUAUGUAGAAAACCCAGGUCACCUCGGACAAUGUUCGCGUAGUUGGUACAACAUGGUAAACUCACCUGCUAUAAAAUCCAAGUGGCUGAUCAGCAGAGUUGGCAGAACCCACGCAUUAUUUCACGCGGUGAGAAUGGGCGAGCCAUUCAUUAAUCUGGAUGUAGUAAAAUGCCUAUUUGCUCAAAAAGCCCAGCUCAGUCGAUAUUUUCUUCAGAAGCUACGAGAAAAGCGAGAAGCGCCUGGACGCGGGAUUCCGACUCGGUGGGCAAGCGAUCUUCCUCCAAGCAUUGUUGUCGAAUUGUACGACGAAGGACAACGUCAAUUCGGUAAAGGGCUCCAGCUUCGUGGUAAUGAUGCGCAACACUUUUACACUCUUUCGGGCGCAUCACAAAAUACCACUGAGGCAAAGCCUAUCAUACAGCACAAUGCCUCUGGGAUAAUAAAACUGAUCAAAGUUUAUAAAUUCGUACCGCUUCCUUGCGUACGAAGAAAAACAGUGUUGCGCUUUAGUGACACUGUUGGAUGCUCGUGCGACCACGUUAAAGAGUGGAAGAUCGUCGCACGAGCGAUCGCCAUUUACCCCGAGUUGGUCAACGUUUGGAAGAAAAACGGUGGCUACGACGUAAUGGAUGAUUUGAAUGUUUAUGAGAGAUCAUAA